AUGGCAUCUUUGCAUAAAACACAUACAAAUAGCGGUAUAUCUUUCUUCAUCUUCCUUCGCAAUAUGAGUUCAGUAUACCGAAAGUGCCACUAACGCGUGUCGUUGCGAAUCAUCUUAAUAAGCAUACAAAAAGAAAAAAAUAGGAAAAAAUAAUAAUAAACAUGGAAAUGCAAUUUAUCGAGAAACUCAAUGCACUAAAUUAUAAAUAUUGGACUAUCAUGACACGCGCUUAUCUGGAAAAGGAGGAGCUAAUGGACACCAUCGACAGAAAGGAGCCGAGCUUAAAUACUCAUGCUAAGGAGCGUCGUGCCAGAUUCAUUUUACUUUGCCUAAUUGAGCCAUCACUUGUUCGUGAAUUGCCAGAGAAUAUCAGAAGCGCAAGAGACAUAUGGACUCACUUUUCUUUCCGUUUUAGAAGGCGAAGAAGUGCAUCGUGCUCACAUGCAUCCUAAACUACCUAAUAUUUUAUAACUGAUAUUAUUUUACUUUUAUUUUAUAUAUUUUUCAAUGUUUGCAUAUAUGUUACAACAAAUAAAUGUCCAACUAACGUAAUCAUAUCAUAUAAAAA